AUGGGCAAGAAUGGCGAGGAUUUUGCUCUUGUUAUUCAAGAAUUUAUUGACGUCAAGGCAAGGCAGGAUGGCGUCUCGCGGGAGUGCAAUGAGAAAUGCCUCGUUGCUUUCGAAGUUUCCGUUGUCCAGAGUUGGGUGGACGUACCUCGUAUCGUGGCGCUGAUACGCAACGAGGAAAACAAACAGGCGGUUCUUUUCGUCUUUGCUGGAACUCGAAUUGCCGAUACAGUGGUGAGCUAUCUGACUACUGAUAAACUUAUCGCUGUGGACAGGGUUUUCAGCUGUGAAUCAGACUCAACUAAACCCACUAUGCUACGAGUAAUUGGCCGGGAUAUCUCCUCGUUCAGAUCCGAUUCUGUACUGCUUGGUUCAACUUUACCUAGCAAAAACAGGACCUUAUCGGUCUCACAGAAGUGUCAAACAACGACUUUUUCCACUGGACUCCCAAUCAUACGUAAAAAGACCCGAUUUUCUACUCUCAUCCUUGGAUUCGACGAUGCCACUUCUGCCAACCAAUUUCGAACGGAAUUGAACCUGGAGCUCUCCAAUCAAGCGGAUUCCCUCCCAUUGGCAGCCAGCAGCACCAACUGGCUGGAUAAAUACAGAGCCGACAUUGCCACUCCCUCCCACACACCAUCUUUGUCGCACCUGAAUCGACCACUGCGAACGGCUCGGAGCUUCGCUGAUAUCGCUCAUGACGGAACCUCGACCGUUCCUACUCCCUUUUCAUCAACCUCCUGCUCCUCUACCUCGUCUGAGAGUCUCAAGGAUGUCGAAGAUGGGAAAAUUGGCCCAAUCUCAAAUGAGGAAGCAGUAGAGCAUGUUCGACGAACAGUAUCGGUUCCCUAUUUAUUAGAAGAGGAGGAGAUUGAAAAAGGUCAGGACGCCAUCACCGCGCUGGCUGAUUCUAAUUGGAUCUCAGGUGACUGUUCCACGACCGAGUUGAACGCACCCCUUCCCACAGUUACCAUGACCGCCAAUGCUAGACAGGACAUCGAAGAUCUACCCAGGACCUCUGUGGUCGAGCCAGCAGAAGCCACAAGGGCGGAACAAAAUGGCAGACGCAUUUCGAGGAUCUCCUUCAUGUCGGACUCAAUGUUCCGGGCGCGGAUGAGUGCGGACCCGAUAGUGAGAAGUAAAUUGGAGGAGGAUGAGGCAGUUUAUUGUACGUGGAAGACGCUUAAUCUCUUCAUCGGCUCUUGGAAUGUUAACGGGCGCCAGGACUCCCUCCUCCGUUUGGACGCGUGGAUUCGUCCACCGCCUGGAUGUCCGCCCGCCGAUAUCUAUGUUUUUGGUUUUCAGGAGCUGGAUUUGAACCUAGCAGGGAUGGCCCUGAAUAAGCAAACAGCCUCUCCGUUCGAGAGCAAGUGGCUUUGGCUGCUGGAGGCCUCCAUGGAGGACUUAUUGAAUCCAUCAUCAGUGCGCUCCGUCACGCUGCGCCGAUGGGUAAGGCGCAGUGGCGGCGGUUUUAAGCGUCUCUCUAUCGUUCGUUUGGCUGGCCUCCUCCUCGUCGUCUAUGUCUCCAAUCGUCUCAGCCAGCAGGCUAUCAUCUCAGCCAUUGCCGUUCAGUCCGUACCCACGGGCAUGUUCAACCUCAUGGGCAACAAGGGGGCAGUGGGACUACGCCUGACCGUUUACAAUCACUCGCUCUGCUUCCUCAACUGCCACUUGGCCGCGGGCCCAGCUAGCUGCGAGCGGCGGAAUCAGGACUACGGUGAAAUUAUGCGUAAAAUGAUGUUUGAACGACGUUCUCUACAGGAAUCGCCUCAAUACCUUCUUGUCAACGAUCAUGACCAGGUUUUUCUCUUCGGAGACCUGAACUAUCGCCUCACGGGACUCGAUGUGAACGAGAACCUGGCCGCAAUAGCACGGAAGGACUUUGAUUUGUUAGUCAAGUUCGACGAGCUGUCGCAACAAAAGGCUCAGAGACGCGUGUUGCAGGACUUUUCGGAGGGCAAAAUCGCCUUUCCUCCGACCUACAAGUUCGACCUUACUUCCGACUCCUACUGCAUCACUUCGUGGUGGACUUUUUUCUUUCGUUUUUCUCACCUUGAAAUAUUGCCAAACAAAUAUCCCACAUUGUCUCCGAGUGAUUUGAUUUCCUUUUCCAGGGAGGGCCGAGUGCCGUCGUAUUGUGACCGAAUCCUUUGGCAGGGAAAGUUUGUGGAUCUACUUCGUUAUCAAUCUCACGAAGACUUCCGUUUGAGUGAUCACAAACCUGUCUCAGCGUACUUCAAGAUUGGUGCGCGUUGUGUGAACCAGCAACUCUUUAUGCGCGCCUACGAGGCGGUUAUCCGAAGUCAAGAUCUCUUCUACAACAUGCUACUGCCCCAGGCUGCUCUCAGCUCGCAGGAGGUGGACUUUGGACCGGUUCAAUUUGAGGACAUUCGCACGCAGACCAUCCGCCUCACUAACACCGGCCACUCGGGCCUUGAGUUUACUUUCACGCAAGAGGGACCCGCCGCCUUCCCACCCUGGCUCCAUGUUGCUCCGCUCAACCAUCGUGUUGAGAAGGGAGAGUCGUGCGACAUCAGCCUGGACGUGUGUGUCAGUCCCGAUGUGGUAGCGACCGUGCAGAGUAGCAUUUCACUUCUCUCCUGUAUCAUCGUCCUAACUCUAGUUGGAGGCAAGGAUUUCUUUGUCUCCAUCACUGGCCGCUUUGUUCCCACAUCCUUCGGCCUGCCCCUUACCCUUCUUCUUCGCCUCCCCGCCACUCCUGUCGCUCUACUGCCUCCUGACCACAUUGUCCAAUUGAUUCGUGAAUCUCGAGUAAACAACUGGAGUGAUGGAGAGCCCAGUGUAGUGAUUUCCACCUCCGGUUCCAUCCUUGCCAUUCCUAAGGAGAUCUACCGAUUGACGGACUUCAUCGCGGCAAGAUUUGAAGAGCCAGGUCUGUUUCGUCAACCGGAGAUACGUUCUGACCUCCCCAUCAUCCGUGACACCUUGGACACCACUAAACAUGACGUCCCUAUCCCAAGUACAGUGAGCGUGCAUUCGGUGAUCUACAGUCUCCUCGUGUUUCUCAGUGCUCUGCCUGAGCCGGUGGUGCCUUUUGCCUUCCAAUCCAAUUGUGUCGCUGCCGCGCGCCAAGCAACCUCCAACAACGUCCUCCCGGCCUAUCAGGCCAUCUCGCGACUGCCUAUUGACUACCAGAAUCUCUUCUUUUACCUCGUGUCUUUCAUCAAGCGUUGUCUCUCCCAUAGCGAGAAAAAUGGGACCAACGUUUAUAUGCUAGCGACGACCUUUGCCGACAUACUUCUCCGCGAUCCGCCCUACGCCGCAUCUCCACCAACAGCGCCGGGUGUUAGGAAUGGUCCUUCGAGGAAUGCUAGCACUCGUAACCAACAGCAGCAAAUGGCCUUGAGUCGUCACGAAUUAAAGACGGCCUUCUUGCGAAUCUUUAUCACUAGUGAUACGGAGGAGGUCAUUCGACGGCUUAAAUAG